AUGGAUUCACGCGAAUUUUCCCGGGAAGAGCUGCGAGAUUUACGCUCAAAAAUCAACAGCAGAGAACGGAAACGAAUGCACGAUCUCAACACGGCGAUGGACUCGCUCCGCGAAGUUAUGCCUUACGCAACGGGGCCAUCUGUUCGCAAGCUGAGCAAAAUCGCUACCCUGACCUUGGCGAAGAACUACAUUCAGAUGCUGAGU